AUGGCUAGCAACAGAGUCCCAAUCAACUAUAACACGCCUUCGUUUCCCUCGUUGUACAACCCGCUUCCUAACGAAUACAAAGAAGCUUACUACCUCUACUAUACGUCCGAUAUUUGGCGUUUUACACUUUUCUGGACUUUCAUUUUCUAUGGAGUUACUCAUCUCACUGUUGCCGCAUGCGCUAUCCUGACGCAUUUUCGCAAUUGGGGUGUCAUAUGGCUGGUACCAGUACUGUAUGCCGUGAUUGCAGGCUUGGAAGCACUUUUAUCUGGGAGUUUAGUUGGCUUGGUACUUGGCUCAAUAUAUGAAUCGGGCAAUUUUAGGAUGUCGACUUGGGUGCCUAUGGUCUGGGGUGGAGUCAACGUGAUGGUCCUCAUCUUGACCAGCUUCCCUAUGCAAGGUGGACUCUGA